CAAUAGGUGACUUCAGUCAGCUGUAUAAAGGCGGCUCUGAGAGCCAGAACUGCGCUUCAGCACCAUGGAGAGCUCCCGACUGCUCGCUUUUCUGGGAGCCGUUUUAGUGCUUCUGUUGGGAGUCAACGGGCAGGAAGAGACUCAGCUCCAGCCGCGAGCCUUGGACCUCUACUCCACCAUGGAGGACACGUCCCACGAAAAGGAGCUGAUCGAAGCGCUGCAGGAGGUCCUGGAGAAACUGAAAAGCAAAAGGCUCCCGCUUUACGAGAAGAAGUAUGGCCAAGUCCCCAUGUGUGAUGCUGGAGAACAAUGUGCUGUGAGAAAGGGAGCUCGGAUUGGAAAACUCUGUGACUGUCCCAGAGGAACAUCUUGUAAUACUUUUCUGCUGAAGUGUUUGUAAAGAAAUACUCCUUCCCCCAACCAUGGAGAGCAGAGGAGGAUCCAGAUGCCUUGCUUGAAAAGUAAUACCUGUAAUACCUAGGGAGGGUGGGGUAAAGAAUGAUAUCCAACAGUCUGUCACAAAAGGGGAAAAAACAAAACAGUUAUAAGGUCUAACUCUUGCCAGUGUACCACCUUUUAGGAUGUCUGCCAUUUGCUGUACUACUACUAUUUCUUUUUCAUCUUGCAAUUUAAUUUUGUUUCUCUCCUCCCAUCCUCUCUUUUUCAAUGCAAAUGUAUCUCUGUGUAAAGAUACUGAACUGGAUUUUUGAAAAUUGUAUUUUUGUAUGUGGAAGGUCCUAAUGAAUUAGAACUAGAGAGCAUUUAUUAAUCCAUCUACCUUAUUUGCAGAAAAUGAGCUUGGAGAAAGCAAGGACAAGCAGAAAGGUACAGCAAAGAAACAAUACAGUAGAUGAAGUUCUUAAUAUGUUUUUCCCCCAUUAAAGUACAUUGACUGUUUCAGCUUGUAUAUCAAUUGUAAGUAAAACAGUGGCACCAUUCCAAAACAUUCAGUUGGCCAACUCUUCUGGCUGAGUUUGGUCGAACCCUCACCCCAGUGCCUGCAUGUUCCUCUUUGGACAACCAAUUUCUUGAAUAAAUAGUGAUGGGAGCCACUUACAUACUCCAUAAUAGGAGUCUUGGAAACUAAGAUGCAAAUAGAAACUGGAGGCACCCUUUUCUUUCAAAAUUUGCAGUGGAUUGGCCCAUGGUGGUGCCACUUAAAAGAACAAUUUUAUGUAAUAUAUAGUCAGUAAUCAUACAUGUUUCAAGAUGAUGGCGAGAUUGUAAAAAAACAGGAUGUAUCAUUGGUAUUAAUCACUCACAUCCACCAUUCACAUGUGAUUGGCACUUUCCUUCAUGUUUGAUGCUUGGUUAAUAAGUGCAUGUAAUGUUAAAAGAAUCCUUCAUUGGCCCUGGAUUGCGUUGAUAUGGAACAAGUUUCUGAAAUUGGAGAUAAUGGUAAGAUGUGUAUUUAAAAGGGAUUUGCCUAAUUAGGUUUCUGAUGAGCCAUACAGUUUUAUCAGAAGGCAAGAGAGAGAAAUUUUGUUAGCCUCUGCAUAAACUUCAGUUGUUGCACCUUCUUUUAGGUGGUGAAAAAGACACAAGUAUUCAAGUAUUACACAAACCUUCUUCAAAUCAGCAAAAACAUUAAUACUUUCACUAAUUGUUUUCUUAGUCAAAAGUAUUGCUAUGGAUGUAUCUUUGGGCAUGUCUACAUGGGGUUGAUUGUGCAAUCCAACACAUUCAUUCAACAUAGCUAAUUACAGGAAAACACAUAGCAAUUACAUUAAUUGGUGCAUCUUACUAAGACUUGGUAAGAGAUUCACCAAAAUCCGACCAGGAAAGUCAGAAAAUGUAAGAUGCUUGUAUGACAGAUGGAGAAGUUGUGAAAUCAAUGUGAGCACCACAACCCACCCCAAAAUAUUGCACAAAAUCCUGUGUAAUAUAGAAACCACCUCCGUUUUUAGGUAUUACUUCAUAAACAUUUAUUAUAGCAUUUAGGAACUGAGCCUGCAGCAUGUGGCAUACGUUCUAUCCUAGCAAAAGUUACACUCUACACCAGUUUAUACAGACAAUGAUAAAUAGUGGAUAUGUGAUCAUGCUAUGGAGAGCAAAGUCAAACUGAUUCAGCAUAUACAACAGUUCGGAUAUCAAUAUGAAUGUUUUGUAAAGAUAACUGAAAAUAUUUUGUGUGGAGGGUUGGUGGUAGCUAUUGCCGAAGCGUUCAGGUUCAAGAACUGGGAGAAUGGGUCCAUAAUGGAAGACUCUAAUGAUUUAAAAGCACAUGCAACAGAUUUUUUGUUUUUCUGUAACAAACAAUGUACAGCUCAUACAUGUAGAUGUUUUUCAAUAACGUCCCGUGGUGUUUUAAUUUUUUAUGUCAUUGUUAAUAAAAUUAUUGUUACAAGGCC